AUACUUUCACUUGACUAAAAAACAAAUAACCAAAACCAUAUUCUUUUUCUAACAAUAUUAUUCAUAUUCAUUCAUUCAUCAACAAAUGGCAACCUCUUGGACUGCAAGGCAGAACAAACUGUUUGAACAAGCAUUGGCUUUAUAUGAUAGAGAAACUCCUGAAAGAUGGCACAAUGUGGCCAAAGUGGUUGGAAAAUCAGUUGAAGAUGUUAAGAGUCACUAUGAGAUCCUCAAAGAAGAUGUUCAACGUAUUGAGCAUGGCCAUAUCCCUUUUCCUCGUUACAAAACUAACACCAACUCCUAAGGUUCUUGAAGAUAUAUCCAGAACACAAUAAGCUUGAAUAACCAACCAAUAUUUGGUGUAUCUUUAAUAAACAACAAUGCAUACUAGUAUAUCUUUGGCGCAAGCUAUAGAACACACUAAUUGCACCCUGCCAAGUGAAUGUGGCAAUCUUCUAUCUAUCAACAUAUUUCCUUAAUUUCUUUCUAUAGCUAGUCAAAUUAAUUGUAUUCCUCACCCUUUAAUUUCCUUACAUUGUACCAAAAAUAAAAAAUAUUGUAUUUAGAUUAAUUUAAUUCAUUAUUGUAAGUUUAUGAAGGAUUGAAUUCUAAAUAUCAUGUUUUAUCUUUCA